UUGCUCGUUCGAUAUGCCGUAAAACUUCAACUACCACUUUCAUUGCCAAGUCCCUGUUCAAAUAAAAUUACCUGUGUUAAAAUCCGCAUAUAAAUAAAGAUAAACCGGUGACUUAAAUUUAAAGACCCAUUGAGUGUACUACUGUUUGAUCACGUCUAUGUACAUUUAACUGAUAAGAGUGUUGGUUUACCGUACAAAAGCGGUGUAUUAGUAGUUCUAGUGUUCAGUGAACAUGUCUGAUAAUGAGUAUGAUGGUGACGCUACCUGGGUGCCUUAUCGGGACCGCCCUGAGUGGAAAGACGUGACGCCGGUGCCUGAAAAUGAUGGGCCAAGGCCUGUUGUGGUCAUUGCUCAUUCCGAGAAAUUUGAAGAUGUAUACGGGUACUUCAGGGCAGUACUGCAGAGCAACGAGAAGUCUGAACGGGCCUUGAAACUGACAAAAGAUGCAGUUGAACUUAACCCGGCAAACUACACUGUGUGGCAAUACCGGAGGGACUUGCUGAAAGCUUUGGGGACAGAUUUAAGACCCGAGCUAGAUUAUGUUGAAUCAGUUAUCACACAUUCACCCAAGAAUUAUCAAGUGUGGCAUCACCGGAAAGUUCUAGUGGAAUGGCUGCAAGACCCGUCGCAGGAGCUGGCCCUGACGAGCGACGCCUUAAUACAGGACCCCAAGAACUACCACGCCUGGCAACACAGGCAAUGGGCUAUUAAGACCUUUGGAAUGUACGACCGCGAAAUGGACUUCGUAGACAAUCUAAUCACCCAAGACGUACGCAACAACUCGGCCUGGAACCAGCGAUACUUUAUCAUGAACAACCACCUCGGCUGGUCUGACAUGAACGUGCAAAAAGAAAUAUGCUACACUAUGGAAAAAAUAAAAUUUGUCAAAAAUAACGAGAGCGCUUGGAACUAUUUAAGAGGUCUAUUGCUACACGAUAAAAGGGGACUUAAUGGAAAUUGCGUAGUGACUGGGUUCUGCGAGGAAUUGUAUAAAAAUAAGUGCCGUUCGCCGUUCCUUCUCGCUUUUAUUCUAGAUAUUUGUGACGAGGCUAUUAAGAAGGACGAAAUAGGUUGCUUACAUAAUCCUACUAGAGGUGUAGCACUGUGCGAAGAUCUGGCGACGAAGUAUGAUAAAAUUAGAAGCAAAUAUUGGAACUAUAUGUCUGAGAAAUUUAGGAAAGCCAAGGAUGAGUUAGCUGCCAAAAAUGAAGAUGGCGAUAAAGUUGAGCGAACAAUUUAAUUUACUUUA